AUGGCCAAAGGCUCGUUGAAUCUUACAAAAGUGACCACAAGCACUCAGAAUGCAGAUUUAAGGGAAGCUCUUCUGUUAGCUUUUGAGGAGAAAAUUGAGAGGAAACGACUGACAUCUAGCGAUCUGAGCUUAUCAUCAACGGGAAGUCCGAACCCCUCUCUUCUCUCUACACCAUCCAUAACUGCACGGUUUUCAAUUCCUACAGCUUCUUCCACUCCAUCUUCGCGUAUUUCUUUGCCUAUUACUGAUCCUUUUUCUCCAAUUUCUCUUCCACAAGCAGAACGUACGCCACAAAGAAUGCAAAUCACUGCAUCUUCAGCAGAGAACGACUCUAUAUAUCUCUGCAGUGAAGAAUCUCUGCGAACUCUGUUUUCUUUUUCCUGUAAUACGCUAUCGACAUCAUGUUGUUAUCGUGGAAAACCCCUCGAUUGCGAGUCACUUGUCUUCAAUCGACAGAGUCAUGUCGUGUCAGUGACAAUUUCAUGUGUUAGUGGAGAUUCUUUCAAGUGGCUCUCCUCCCCUAUCAUGGGAGGAUCUCCUCCAAAGUACGAUGUAAAUUUGAGUCUUGAAAAAGCUUGGUUACUUGACAGUCGUGAAGAGGGUCUCCAAUGGGUCGAUGUUGGCUGCUCAAGAACAAGGUUCCAUGUUGCAGAGGCGGCACAUGACUUUGUAUUACAGCUAAAAACAUGGAUCUUGUCAAAAGGAGUGCUUAAUUCCUUUGACUCUUGGCAUGGUGCAAAGUCUGUGACUAAAGCAAUGAAGAAAGUUGCCUUAAGACCACAGAGGGAUGAGGGCUCAAAGUGGUUUUUUGAACUGUCCGACAAAGGGAAAUCAUGUCAGGUGCCAUGCGGAGUCACGGUGCAAGCAGAAUGA